AUGAUUAUUCAGUUAAUGAAGGUUUUCUUUUCAGAUUACCUUCAAGAAAGUAUAACUCAACAACAAAUUGUUGCUCCAGAACCAGUUUCCCUUAAGAAGAAGAAGAAAUUAAUUGAAAAAAAGGAUCAAACUUAUUCUUGUCCAAAAGUUAAGAAAACCAGGCACGUGUCAUAUGAUAGAACAGAACCAAAGGAUGAUGAUGCUGUAAGACAUAUUAUUAGGCUAAGAGAAAAGUUCGGUUGGCAAACUCAGUUACCACAACAUAAUUGGGAAUGCAGAAGUUUUGGAAAUGCCAUUCAGAAGACUAAAGUCAAAGAACCUUUAAAAGAUGAUGGAGAAUAUGUAUAUUGCCUUACUCGGAUUAAUCCUAAAGUUCCUUAUAAUCCAUAUGAUCUUCAGGUAGUAUCUACUGACACAGCCAGACAUUCUAAAGAAUUUUGGGUUGUUUCUGCUUCAGCUAUAGCAAAGGUAAUAUAUAAUGGAUUACGGCAUAGAAAAGAAAUAGAAGUCACGCCUGUUUUAGAAUGGCUAUUGGAAAGAAGGUGUUACUAUUUAUUACAGAAAUUCAAGAUAUUUUCCAGUUUCCGAAUCAAUAAAUUAUUUGUUACCUGGAAAAUAAAUGUUAGAAGAAUUAAGACAGAGAAGAGCAGGUCAUUUUUGUACCAACAUCUUUUUUGGGCUGAUGAAUUAUUUCAAGGAUGUUUGCUUUAUAUCAGAGGACUUUGUGAAGAUGCAGUUAAUCUGGAAAAGGGUAGUGGACAUGAAGAUAAUCCAUCAGCCAUAUGCCUUGUAAAGCUGGAUAGGUCUCGUACAUAUUCUGUAGAUGAAUUUUGUGAAGAACAGUUACAGCAAGCUACCCAAGCAUUGAAACAGCUUGAGGAUAUCAGGGAUAAAGCAAUUUCAGAGAUGAAAAAUACAAUUUUAAAGGUGGCAGAAAAGCAAGGAAUUAAAAAAUACUUUGAGUCAAAUUGCUCUGAAGAUGACUCAACACAUUUCAAGCUGCCUAAAUAUCGACAUUUAUUAGAUACAAAUUUCAGGUUUCUGAUCCUGGUUGACUGCUUAUUUCAGGAACUUAUUCGUCAACUCAUGAACACUGCAGCCACACUACUUUUGGAAUUAUUUAGUGAUUCUGCUAGAAUGCCAUGUUCAAUAGAAAAGAAGAAUGCAAAUCUCAUCAAAAUAUACAAGGACAACUUUGCUUUCACUGGAAAUGUGCCUGUAACAAGUGAUAGUGAAAAACUAAAUGAUUCAAACACAAAGGUUAUUUCUGUUCCGGAGUCAGAAGUAAAAACAGAAGUUGAUAUCAAUAAGAUUUUGAAUAGUGUUGAAGUGGAGUCAGAUUUGAGAAAAAUACAGGCACCAAUAUUUGAAGUACAUUUAUGCUUGAGAAUUCCUGCAGAGAAUGAUUCUCCAGAAAGUUCUGAGGACUUUCAUGAGUCUGACAAAUGCCCUAAAAAAUUUGUGUUUCAUUUUGAAGAAGAUGAAAUAUCAGAAAAUGACUCAAAUGAAGAACUGCUCCCCAAAGUCAAGCAACCCAAAAAAUUUAGUAACGAACUUGAAGAAAAAUUCCCAGACAAAGAAAUUGCGACUGAGUCAGAGAAUAAAUGCAUGUAUGAAGGACUUUUAGAAUUCCCUACAAAUCUCUUUAUAGAUCCCAACAGAUUGGAAUUCUCAAUAAAAAUUCAAAAUAUGGUGGCUGAUAUUGAAAAAUGUAUAACCACAAUUACCCCUCUUUGCCAAGAUCCCCGCCUGUCUAUCUUUAUUGAUUUGGUUUCAGUUAUGGAUUUACCUAAUAGGAUAGAAAAUUUAAGAGAAUGUAAGGAAUGGACCAGAUGGCCAGAUUGUGAAAUUCUGUUUGAAAUGGAUCCUUCCUACCAAAAUAAAAUUGUGAGCCUCUUGGCUGUUAUUGGUAAUUCAAUGGGCCUAGUUAAUUUUUACAGCUACAAGUUUAUAAAGUAUUGUACCAUGGUAGAAAAGGCCAAAAUCAUGAGUAUGAAAAUAUCAUCUAGCGAAGAAGAAUUGACUUUAACACAGUUUAAAAUUAUAAUAGAUAAAUUCAUGAACUAUUUUAGACAUAUCAUUAAUAUGACCAUUGAGAAGCGCAUUGGUAUUUUCAAGGUUAUGAGUCUUGGUUAUCAGUCAGAAUGUUUGCCAUAUGUUGACAAUGUUAUACAAAUGAGUCACACCUUCUUGCGAUCUGUAAUUCAGAAAAAGAAUGAAAAUCUACUGGAGGCUAUAGAAUCAUCAUUGAGAAAGCUGGAAUCUGCACCCAUUGAAAUAGAAGAAUUUAUGGAACAUUUUACUUUUUUGGAUGAGAUUUCCUCAAAAAUAUCUGAUUUAGAAAAAGAGUACUUAGCAAUUUCUCAGCUGUUUUCUGUUGUAAGGUAUUACCAGAUCAAUAUUUCAGAAGAGCAACUCGCUUUAUAUAAAGUCCUUCUUUUCAAGUUUAGUCAACUAAAAACAGCUAUGAAGUUACACGAAACAAAUAAAGAUGCUGCUAUUGCUAAAUUCAGAGAAAAUUUGGAAGCAUAUAUCAACCGUCUAUGGACUGAUGCUUCUAGUUUAAAAGCCAAAAUAAGAUCUCCUGUUCUUUUAUGUACUGGUACUCGAGUGUCAACAGCAAAGGAAAUGAUCUGGACGCUCUCAGAGGAAGCUGCAAGUUUAGCUAACAAAGUUAAAACAUAUUCAAACUAUCAGGAUCAUUUUGAUGAUUCCCACUGUAGUAUUCAGUCUCUUAAUAUGGAAGAAAUUACACAGCUUGUGCUUUCAGAAAUCUCUGAAAUUGAAUGUGACUUAGCUUUGAGGAAAAUAUUAUGGGAAGCUCAAGAAGAAUGGGGAACACUGUUUUGGGAAUGGAGAAAGAGUUCUCUUCAUACUGUUGAUAUAGAAUCCAUUCAGAGAAAUGUUGCAAAGUGGAUGCAUAUAAUCUUUAUAUUAGAAAAAGGUAUACCUAAAAAUGAUAUGGUAACACAUUUUAAGCAAUCAGUGACAGAUUUUAAACAAGAGCUACCUGUCAUCAUAGCUCUGGGAAACCCCUAUCUCAAGCCAAGGCAUUGGAAGGCUCUACAGGAGAUUAUUGGAAAGUCAGUUUUCCUUGACAAAGACUGCACAGUAGAGGAUCUUCUAGCAUUCAAGAUGUUUCGGUAUGAACAUGAAAUAACAGAAAUAUCAACCUCAGCAACUAAUGAAACUGCUCUUGAAAAAAUGCUAUUUAAGAUUAUUGAUCUUUGGAAUACUACUCCUUUACGUUUAGUUCUUCAUCACACAGAGACUUGCUCUAUCUUAAUAAUUUCAUCUGUAGAUGACAUAUUAGCCCAGUUAGAAGAGUCUCAAAUCAUACUUGCUACUUUUAAAGGAUCUCCUUAUCUUGGGCCCAUAAAGGAUCUUGUGGACAAAUGGGAUCAAAACUUGACUCUCUUCUCUUACACUCUUGAGGAAUGGAUGAAUUGUCAGAGAAAUUGGCUUUAUCUUGAACCAGUCUUUCAUUCUUCAGAAAUACAAAGGCAGCUUCCAGCAGAAGCAAAACUUUUCUCUCAGGUGAUUUCCAUGUGGAAAGAAAUAAUGUCAAAAAUACAAAACAAACUGGAUGCUUUGCGAAUAAUCACCUCUGCAGGAAUCCUUGAAAUUCUCCAAAAUUGCAGUAUAUAUCUUGAACAAAUAAAGAAAAGUCUUGAGGACUACCUUGAAAUUAAAAGAACAAUUUUUCCAAGAUUUUACUUUCUUAGUAAUGCUGAACUUCUUGACCUACUAGCUGAUAGCAAAAAUCCUGAAUCUGUACAGCCUCAUCUUGUGAAAUGUUUUGAAAAUAUAAGGCAAUUAUUGAUAUGGAAACAAGAAAUUGGCCCUCCUGCUGUACUGAUGAUCAUAUCUGCUGAAGGAGAAAGUCUUGUGCUGCCAAAGAAAAUUCGUGUAAGAAGUGCUGUAGAACAGUGGCUAGUAAAUGUAGAGCAAAGCAUGUUUGAUGUGCUAAAAAAGUUUAUAAGUCAAGGAGUUGAAGAUUGGAGCUACCAAAUAUUUUCCUUCUGGGUGGUAUCUCAUCCAGGACAGGUGGUACUCACUGUGAGCCAGAUCAUGUUUUAUAAUGAUUGUACCCAAAGUUUUUUGAGUUCCCAUUCAAGAGAAGAGUUGGAAAAAGUUAAUGCUCUUGUGAUAUGUCAUCUAGAAGAGGUUGCGGACUUGAUAAUGCUGGAUACUAGUAACUAUAGAACAAAAGCUGUACUAGGGGCAUUGCUUACCCUUUAUGCUCACUGUAGAGAUAUAGUGAGUGAUUUACUAUAUAAAAAUAUCUUCAAUGCAGAGGAUUUUGAAUGGACAAGACAUUUGCAGUAUAAAUGGAAUGAAAAACAAAAGUUGUGCUAUGUAUCUCAAGGAAAUGCCAGCUUUGCUUACGGCUAUGAGUACUUGGGCUGUUCCCCAAGAUUAGUUAUUACUCCUCUCACUGUCCGAUGCUGGCUGACUCUCACUGGAGCACUACACUGGAAUCUAGGAGGCUGCCCUGCUGGUCCAGCUGGGGCAGGAAAAACUGAGACUGUCAAAGAUCUAGCAAAAUCUUUAGGCAAACAUUGUGUGGUCUUCAACUGUUUUGAAGACUUGGAUUAUAAGGAGUGGUCUAUGGCCACUCUGCAUCGGUUUAUACUGGAAGGAAAAGAAAUUCGUAUCAAUAUGUCUUGUGCAGUAUUUAUCACCAUGAAUCCUGGACACGAAGGUCGAGUAGAACUCCCGGAUAAUUUAAAAUCUCUGUUUCGCCCAGUGGCAAUGAUGGUGCCCCAUUAUCAAAUGAUUGCUGAAAUAAUGCUGUUUUCAGUUGGUUUCAAAACUGCAAAAUCGCUCUCUGGAAAGCUAGCUUUACUUUACGAAUUAGCUAGCAUACAACUCUCACAACAGGACCAUUAUGAUUUUGGCCUAAGGUCCCUGAAGACCAUUUUAAUAAUUACUGGAAAGAAGAAACAGAAGUUUAAAUGUACCACAAGUGACAAUCUUUCCAAAACAGAUGAAACGCUGAUCAUUAUCAGGGCUGUGAGAGAAGCUACUUUACCAAAACUUCUCCCUGAAGAUGUCCCACUUUUUGAAAAGAUUAUUGGAGAUGUUUUUCCUGGAGCUACAGUUCCAAAAGUAAAUCAACUUGCCUUGGAGAAAGUGAUAACAGUUGCAACACAACAACUAGGCUUUCAACAUUGGCCAGAUCAGAAAGAAAAAAUCAUACAGUUUCAUAAUCAACUUCAGGCUUGUGUUGGUGUGAUGUUAGUGGGCCCAACAGGUGGAGGAAAGACAACUGUCAGAAGAAUUUUAGAAAAAGCUUUGAUACUUUUACCAGUUGCAGACCUUUUAUCAAGUGAAGAAUGUAAAUCUAUUUCAAAGAUUGCAGGAAGAAAAGGAAAAGUAGAUAUUUGUGUUUUAAAUCCAAAAUGUUUCACUCUUGGUGAACUAUAUGGGCAAAUGAAUCCUAAUACUAUGGAAUGGACUGAUGGAUUAUUAUCAGCCACAAUUCGAAAUUAUGUGUAUUUUAAUACCGCAAGGCUCUCAAAGAAAGACCUCAAUGUUGGACUAAAGUCAAGAAUCUCAGAUUUAGCUAAUGUUUGCAAACUUGGUUCUUCUGAUACAACAGAUACUGAUGGUAAUAUUUUUGAAGAUAUGGAUAAAGAUGUUAAAACUCCAGAAGUUCUGAAUGUUGAUUGGCAGUGGAUUGUAUUAGAUGGUCCAGUGGAUACAUUGUGGGUAGAAAAUCUAAACUCUGUGCUAGAUGACACUAGAACUUUGUGCCUAGCAAACAGUGAGAGAAUAGCUUUAACAGAUAAAAUAAGAAUGAUUUUUGAAGUCGACAGUCUCUCUCAGGCCAGUCCUGCUACUGUCAGCCGAUGUGCAAUGGUCUAUAUGGAUCCUGUUGAUUUGGGGUGGGAGCCUUAUGUUAAGUCAUGGCUUUUUAAAACUUCUAAAAUUAUGAGUCAAACAGGAGUAGAUUGUCUUGAAUUCAUGAUUAAAAGAAGUGUCAGAGAUGGACUACAAUUUUUAAAGAAGCAUCAGAAAUUUCAGCCAUUUCCUGUACAGGACAUAACAAUCGUCAUCACUCUCUGUAGAAUUCUUGAUGCUUUCUUUGAAUUCAUGAGUACAAAUGGAGGCUUUGGACAAGGUAAUGAUUCGAAUGAUACUUCAACUGAGGAGAUAAAUCUUAUAAAAUCAAACGUUUCUGACAAAUUCAAGGAAACAGAAAAAAGGGCUGAAAAUACAUGGUAUCUGGAGAAAUAUCCUGAUAAAUUAACAAUAAUGAUUCAAAAGCUUUUCAUAUUUGCAUUUACAUGGGCAUUUGGAGGAACUUUAAAACGUGAAGAUGAACAUGAAGAUGAUAUACUAUUUUGCUUUGAACGCAAUUCUCUUGCAAAAGUAACCUAUGAUUUCAACAACCUUGUUCAUGAGUUAUUUGAAAAUAGUUCACAAGUAGACUUCCACCUACCAACUGGUGAGCAUUCUAUCUUUGGAUAUUUUGUGGAUAUACAGCAAUGCGAAUUCAUACCUUGGUCAGAAUUAGUUCCUAGUAUUCAUACAUUGGUUCAAAGAGGAACUUCGUUGCUAGCUGAUCCUCAAGGAUCCAGUGAAAACCUCUUCAAGAUAACAGAGUGUGGAGAGUACAUUAAUCAUACUGCCACCAGAGAUACAACAUGUCUUUCUUUCCUCAUAAGCCUUCUUUUAAAAAAUUCCUGCCCUGUACUCCUCACAGGAGAGUCUGGUGUCGGGAAAACCACUGCCAUUAACCAAAUGCUUGAAAAGUUAGAGGGACCAGGAGCAUUUGAUAUAAAAUAUGGAUCAAUUUUAGGAGAAGUCCUAUUAUAUAAUGAAAUUAAAAAAUCAAGGUUCCUGAAACAGAAUAUCAAUAUCUUGAUUUCUGAAACUCAUAAGACAGUGGCUGGAAGUUCAGAUAAAAAUAAUAAAAUGCCAGAAGUUAAAGCUGAUGAAAGUUCAUAUAAACAUAAUAAUAAAGGAAUUAUAGUCUCUGCAAUACGUUUUAGCACCAAUAUGACAACAGCCAAAACCAAGGAGAUGAUUUUAAAGAAGUUAGUAAGAAAAACUAAGGGCACUCUUGGAGCACCGAAAAACAGCAGGAUUGUAAUAUUUAUUGAUGAUCUGAAUAUGCCAGUAUCAGACAUGCAUGGAGCACAACCACCCCUGGAAUUAAUCAGACAAUUAUUGGAUUUAGGAGGGAUUUAUGAUACUGAAAAAAUUGCAUGGAAGAAUAUUCAAGAUCUCUCUCUGGUUGCAGCUUGUAUUCCUCCAGGUGAUGGGAAGGCUAUUAGCCCACGUCUCCUCAAACAUUUUUCCAUACUGGUUUUGCCCCAUCCUCCACAAAGUGCCUUAAGUACUAUUUUUCAGUCUCAUUUGGGAAUGUAUUUCUCCAUCAAUAACUUCAUAUCUGAUGUUCAGAAGUGUAAGGAACAAUUAGUUGCAUGCUCCCUAGCUAUAUACUGUCAAGUACGUCAGAAUAUAUUACCGACUCCAUCGAAGUGUCACUACAUAUUUAAUCUUCGAGAUAUCUUUAAGCUUCUCCUAGGACUGCUGCAAGCUGACAAAGUUGUUAUUAACUCCAAAGAGAUGGCUGCUCUGCUCUUUGUUCAUGAAGCCACCCGAGUGUUUCAUGAUCGCUUAAUUGAACCUACUGAAAAAGGACUUUUCCAUCAGCUUCUUUCAAAGGAGCUUGAGAACCAUUUUCAGAUUCUAUGGACCAAAGAAAAACUGAUGAAUGAUUCAACUGUAUUUGUGGAUUUCUUGGAUAUAAACAAGCCUCUUAAAAAAAAGAAAUACCAGAAUACCAAUGACUACAAUAAACUUGCCAGUAUACUGAAUGAAUUCCAAACAAGGUUGGGUUCAACAUCUUUGCAGAUUUCUCAUCCUGUGGUGUUCUUCAAGGAAGCCAUAGAACACAUCACUAGAGCUACAAGGGUCCUUCGACAACCAAGGAGUCACAUGUUACUGAUUGGAAUAGAUGGAUGUGGAAAAGAAACAUGUGCAACCUUGGCCUGUUAUUUGACAGAACACAAACUUUACCAAAUACCUGUAUCUCGCAAUUACACCUACACAGAAUUCAAAGAAGACUUUAAAAAAGUAUUCAUUCAAAUAGGACAAGAAGGACACCCUACUGUUUUGAUGGUUACUAAUUCAAACCUAGAUCAAGCAUUAUUUUUGGAAGAUUUGAACUGCAUUCUCAAUUCAAGAAAAAUACCUGACUUGUUUGAAAAUGAGGAGCUGGAUUCUAUUGCAUUAACAAUUAGAACUCUUGCCAAACAGGCUGGUUAUAUGGAUAAUAGGCAAAACAUACUUUCAUUCUUCCAAAAGAGAAUAUAUAAAAAUCUUCAUAUUUUUAUGACUAUGAGUCCUACAGAACCUAACUUCCGCCAUCAGUGUAGAGAAUAUCCUUCUAUGAUUUGCUCCUUCACAAUUGAUUGGUAUGAGAAGUGGCCAGAAGAAGCUCUCCUUACUGUAGCCAACUCUUUCUUAAGAGAAAAAGUGAAUUUGGAGAACAGAGAGAAUAUAAAAGAAAAACUUGCCCCAACAUGUGUUGAAAUCCACAAAAGUGUAACAGACUUGAGCACAAAAUACUUUCAAGAAACUAGAAGGCAGUAUUAUAUCACCCCCAGUAACUAUUUGCAAUUCAUGGAUACAUUUGCACACAUUUUGAGGUCACAGGAGAAGGAGAUGCAAAUGAAGAGGGAUCAUUUUUAUGUAGGUCUAUCCAGAAUCCUGGAAGCAACCACACUAGUUACAGAUAUGCAGGAGGAGCUCUUGAUUCUUGGUCCUCAAAUAGAAAAAAAAACAAAGGAAAUAGAAAUCCUAAUGGAAAAACUUCAGAAAGAUUCACAAGUAGUUGAAAGAGUUCAGAUGCUUGUUAAACAGGAUGAAGAAAUUGUAGCAGAAGAAGUAAGAAUUGUAGAAGAAUAUGCUCAGAAAACUACCAAUGAACUAAAGAGUGUACUGCCGGCUUUUAACAAGGCAAUCAUGGGUCUAAAUACCUUGGACAAAGCUGAUGUUGCUGAAUUAAGAGUAUAUACACGACCUCCCUUCCUUGUACUGACUGUCAUGAAUGCAGUUUGUAUUCUUCUGCAAAAGAAACCUAACUGGGCUACAGCAAAGUUACUUCUUUCAGAAACUGGUUUCCUAAAAAAAUUGAUUAACCUAGAUAAAGAUAGCAUACCUGAGAAGGCUUUCCUAAAGCUGAAAAAAAUUUUAAGUUUGCCUGAUUUCAACCCAAACAAGAUUGCUCUAGUUUCUGUUGCUUGUUGCUCUAUGUGCCAGUGGGUCAUAGCUUUGAAUAACUACCAUGAAGUACAGAAGGUUGUUGGCCCUAAACAAAUCAAAGUAGCUGAAGCUCAAAGAGUUCUGAAAAUUGCACAGCAGAGGUUGACUGAAAAGCAAAGAGGUUUACUGCUGGUUGAAGAACAUCUGCUGUCUUUGCAGGCAACCUACAAAGAUAUUGUUGCUGAAAAAGAACUAUUAGCAAAUCGGAAAAAUCUGGCUACCAGAUGCCUGCAGUAUGCAUCUAUUUUACUAACUGCCCUGGAAGAUGAGAAGACUCGAUGGCAAGAAACAAUCAACCAGAUUGACAAAAAGUUGGUAGGAAUUUUAGGUGAUGCACUUAUUUCAGCAGCAUGCAUUGUCUACAGUGGCGUGUUAACAGCAGAAUUUCGCCAGUUGAUUGUGAAAAAAUGGAAGAAUAUUUGCACUGAAAACAGCAUUCCUUUGUCUUCCAACUUUUCUUUAAUUGAAGUCAUGUCACAAAAACAUGAGAUCCACCGAUGGCAUAAUCAGGGGCUGCCUCGUGAUCAGUUUUCAGCAGAGAAUGCCAUCUUGAUCAAGAACAGCCGGCAGUGGCCACUGCUGAUCGACCCACAUAAGCAAGCACGCAACUGGAUUCGACAGAUGGAGGGUUCCAGGCUGCAGGAGCUCUCCAUCAAGGACAGCAAGUAUACCCAAAAAAUUGAAAAUGCCAUGAAAACAGGAGGGAGUGUCCUCUUGCAGAUUCUCCCUGAAACAUUACCUCCAAAUUUAAAGGCAAUUUUGAAGAAGGAUAUCUACCAGAAAAGAGGACAAUAUUUCCUAAGGGUUUAUGGUUCUGAGAUUGAAUACAAUUCUAAAUUUAGGUUUUACAUAUCUACAGAAAUAGCCAACCCUCAUUUCCUUCCAUCAGUUUAUAACUUUGUUACUAUGAUCAAUUUCACGGUAACAUUCCAAGGUUUACAAGAUCAACUCUUAUCUACUAUAGUAACUCAUGAAGUCCCUCAUUUAGAAAAUCAACAUUUCCAAUUUUUGGAGAGUAUUUCCCUUGAUGCUAUAAUUCUAGAAGAACUGGAAGGAAAAACACUAAAUUUACUGCAGAAAACAGAAGGAUGUGUAUUAGAUGAUGAGGAUAUCAUAGACAUCUUGAAAAAAUCCAAAAUGACUUCAAAGGAAAUUACAAAGCGCAUCGAAGCAACUGAAAAAGCAGAAAGUGAAAUUCAAGCAAUACGUAAAAACUAUCUCCCCAUUGCCACUCGAGGCGCCCUGCUCUACUUUCUAGUGGCUGAUCUUAACCAAAUUAACUACAUGUACCAGUUUUCCCUAGACUGGUUUCAUAAGGUUUUUGUUUCAUCAAUAGUUUCCAAAAGCAAAGAACAAGAACACUUUCACUCAGCUUCUAAUUUAAAAAGGGAGAAAAUGUCUCUGAAAAAAGUUGAUAACAUUACAAAUCUCUCAACAGAACCUAACCGAAAAAGUGAGACAAGUUCCUUAGAUAGGUAUAUUAAAAAUGCAAUAGAUGUGCUGACGAGAAAUAUUUUUAAGGUGGUUUCUUCAGCUCUAUUUAAUCAACAUAAACUUUGCUUCUCCUUUCGCCUUUGCACCACAAUAAUGCAAAAUAAUGCUAAUGAAAAUCUAAUGCAGGAUGACAUUGGAUUCCUACCAGAUGAAGAAUGGAACAUCUUCUUAUACUCUGACAUAUUGACAAAUAUUAAAGGUGCAAUGCCCCAGCCUAAACUUAAUAGCAUAUUUGAAAUAAAUAAAACUCGACAUCUUCAGUGGCUAUCAGAAUCUAGGUGGAAGCAGUGCCAAUAUGUCAGCAGUCAGCUGGAACCAUUUUCACUUUUAUGCAAAUCCAUUUUAUCAAAUGUAGCACAAUGGGAUGCUUUUAAAAAUAGUAAGACUGUGUAUUUUCUAUUAAGCAUACCUUUCCAUUCAAAAAAGUCAACACUGGAGGAAAGUAACAAACCACCUGAGGAAACUGAACUUUUGAAUGAAAAUGAAGAAAUGUGUAGUCCUAUAAAUUUUCCCUGGGAGAAACUCACUCCAUUUCAAAGACUUAUUUUGGUAAAAAUUCUCAGACCAGAAUAUUUAAAGAAUUCAGUGAGUGAGUUUGUAACUGAAAAAAUGGGAAAAGCAUAUCUUCACACAACUGGAAUUAAUUUGAAAGAACUAUAUCAAGAAUCCAGUGCCAGAAUUCCCUUGAUAUUUAUUCACUCUCAUGGAAGUGACCCCACCGGUCUUCUACUGAGAUUUGCCCAAGAGUUAAAAGGAACAAUGAAUCAUGUGACUAUGAUUUCUUUGGGAUGCGGCCAGGCAACUAAAACAGAAGAUCUCAUUGUUAAGGCCCUAACCAAAACAGAACAGUGGGUCUUUCUCCAAAACUGCCACUUUGCAGCAUCGUUUAUGCCAAGGCUUUGCACUAUUAUAGAAUCAUUUGAUAGUACAGAUGUGACUGUAGACCCUGAGUUUAGGCUAUGGUUAAGCUCAAAAUCAGAUUGCUCUUUCCCAAUUCCUAUUCUUCAAAAGGGUUUAAAGAUAGCAUUGGAAUUUCCCCAGGGAUUGAAAAGUAAUUUACUUCAGACGUUUGGAUACAGUGGGAGUGGAGAGGUAACAGAAGAGAUAUUUGAAAAACCUGACUGUGGACCGUGGUGGAAAAAGCUUUUAUUCAGCCUAUGUUUUUUCAAUGCUGUAGUCAAUGAAAGAAAAAAUUAUGGAGUAUUGGGCUGGAAUAUUCCUUAUGAAUUUAGUUCUUCAGACUUGGAGUUUGCCAUAAAGACGUUGGAAAAUGUCCUGAUCAUACAGCCCAAUAUUCCAUGGCGGGCGCUGCACUGUCUGAUUGGGGAAGUGAUUUAUGGAGGCCGGGUGACUGAUAAAUGGGACAGGCAAUGCCUAAAGACCCUUCUCUACAAAUUUUUUAAUCCUGAAGUGCUGAAAGCUAAUUCCAGUUUCUCUAGUGAUGAGAUAUGUCAGCCAGUGCUAGAAUCUGCAAGCGUAAAGGACUGCGUAUGCAUCAUCCAGUCCUUACCCGACGAUGACUCUCCUGAGGUCUUAGGACUGCACCCUGGGGCCACAAGGAGAUACAGGGAGACCCAGGGCCGGGAAUUCAUGGAAAGCCUCAUUGCCAUGAAACCAGAAACAACCACUGCCAACCUCAUGAUCGGUUUUGAGCAGGAUAAUGAGAAGCUGGUGAUGGAAAUGUUAUCUGACAUGCUAAGGCGGCUGCCAUUGACUGUGGAAAAAGAAGAAGGUGCUGGAACUCCAAGCACGUUGAAGGGCAUCAUGUCAAGUCCCAUUUGGGUGACUCUUAAUCAAAAUCUCAAAGGAUAUGAUCCCCUUAUCCACUGUGUCUUGCUAACCUUUUUGAGCCAAGAAAUUGAACGAUUUUAUAAGUUAUUAUUUGUCAUACAUAAAUCUUUAGAAGAUCUUCAAUUUGCUAUAAAAGGAGAGGUCAUCCUCACCCAAGAACUGGAAGAAAUUUAUGACUCUCUUCUUGAGAGGAGAGUGCCUGCAUUGUGGCAGAAAUACUCCUACAAGUCAUGUAAGCCCCUGAGUUCCUGGAUUAAUGAUCUCAUCCAGCGACUGAAUUUCUUCAACACCUGGGCCAAAAUGGCUUACACUGCGAUACAUCAUCGGCAUAUGAGGUUUCUUACGGCUUGGAAGCAGUCUUUCCCAUCAGCCAGCCAAAAGCCCAAAGACCCCGCUGACCCAAAGAGUGACCUCCUUGAAGGAUUUCCUGCGAGAUAUUGGCUCCCGGCCUUCUUCUUUCCACAAGGCUUCCUUACUGCUGUGCUUCAAGACUACGGAAGACACCAGGGAAUCCCUGUGGACGCCCUCACUUUUACCCACUGUGUGAUUUCUGACUCCGCUGACAUGAAAGAUGAGGAGUUCUCCAUAGUUAUCCAAAAGAAUCUCCACAUAGUCAGGAGAGCUUUUAAGGGCACAGCACCCUUGCAUAAUGGAGUCCACAUUUUUGGUUUAUUCAUGGAGGGGGCAAGGUGGAAUCAUGAAAAAAAAAUACUAGACGACUCACUGCCUUUUGAGAUUUGUUGUGAUUUUCCUGAAAUACACUUUGUGCCAACAAAGAUUUCUACUGAAAAACCAGCUACUUCUACUCAGACAGAUUCAAAGCUCUAUACAUUUGAAUGCCCAGUUUACCAAACACCUGAGAGGUCCGGAAUCUCGACAACUACUGGCUUAUCCACAAACUUUUUAACAUCAGUGUAUUUAUCAACAAAGAAACCUCCUAGUCAUUGGAUCACAAUGCGGGUUGCACUGCUGUGUGAGAUAAAUGAAUGAAAAAUAAACUUCUAUACCAAACCGUUUUAUUUUUGACUCUACCAUAUUUAAAUGAUUCAAGACAUUCCCGUGUUGUGAACACCCUUCAUAAAACAUUCAUGUUCAGCCAGACUGGACAGGUUCAGUCUUUC